AGAUCAUCCUCCCCCCAGAACGAGGGCUCAGAUGACCUAGAAGUCUCUCCUCUAAAGAAAAAAGUCGCAGAAGUUGAUUCUGAUGAAUUUCCAACCACAUCUGGAAUUCCCUUGAAAGUUUAUGAUAAUCUUCAGACUAGGAAUCCAAGUUCUGACUCAGAACUUAGCAACUCAGAACGGCAGGACCAAGGUUCUACCCCAAGGCUGAGGAGGACCAGAAGCAUACAGAUGAACAACCGGAUUCAUUUCGAUUCAGAUGAGCUUUUUGACCCAACCUCAGGUGACAGUGGAGAGGAAUAUAUUCCUGACACAAGUGGGGAUCAUUCUGAUUCUGACGCCAGCGAAGUUAUUGGGCCAGUUGACCAGAAAGAGAGCAUGCGCAAAAGCCUAAAUCUAAGCAGGAUGGUUAACAUCAGAGAUGGAUGUCCCUCACCAACAGAACUGAACAGUGGCUCUUCAGAACAGGAGCUUAACAGAGGACGCUCACCAUCAAGAAAAGAAACCACCUCUAGUAGACGUAAAAGGCGAAUUUCAAGCAGAACUGGUCACUCUUCAAAGCAGAGUGGAAUUGGAGAGACUGGAGAUGUGUUGGAAAACUUGACACCUGCUCUGGAGCAAAAUCUUCCCGAUAGUACCUCUUCCCCACUUAACGAUAUGGCUGACAGUUCACUUUCCAUAUCUGCUGUCUGCAAAAAGGAGAAUGGGUCAAGAAUGUAUAACAAGAAGCAAUAUUGUUUGUACUGUAAGUUAGGAGUCAUAAAAAUGUCAAGACAUUUGGAGCGUGCUCAUCACAAUAAGCCAGAGGUUGCCCAGGCUGUAUCCUUCCCAAAAGGCUCCAAAGAAAGAAGAAUGCAUCUGGAAAAUUUGAGAAAUAGGGGCAACUUUGCACAUAAUCUUGAUGUAUUAAAUGCUGGUGCUGGAGACCUUGUUCCUCGUAAGAAGCCAAAAAAGGAUUCUCAAGCACAGAAUUUCCUGCAUUGUGUAUAUUGUCAUGGCUAUUUCACCAAGAAACUCCUUUGGCGGCACAUGACUAUCUGCAAGUUCAAGCCUGGUGGUCCACAGAAACCUGGUAAAACCCGUGUCCAGGCUCUCUGUGCAUUUGCUGCACCUCCACCACCUGGUGUCAGAGUUGAAUUUUGGAAGAUGUUAAGCAGCAUGGUUCAAGAUGAAGUUUAUUUUGCUGUCAAAUCUGAUACCUGUAUCUUGGAAUAUGGUGAGCAUCUAUAUAACCGGCUUGGAUAUGAUGUUGGCAAACAUGAAUACAUUCGGCAGAAACUGAGAGAGUUGGGAAGGCUUCUGGUAUGCUCAAGGAAAACUACUCCCUUGAAGACCAUUGAAGACCACGUCAAACCUGCAAAUUUCAUGCAUGUUGUGCAAGCAGUGAAACAAGUGGCAGGCUUUGACAGUGAAACCAGUAAGUACAAGUGCCCAAGUCUCGCUCUCAAAAUUGGACAUAGCUUGACAAAAAUUUCACUGCUUGUUGAAAGCCGUGCAAAUGUGCAGAACAACCACGCUGCAGCAAAGGAUGCUCGUACAUUCCGUAGAGUAUAUGAAUCCAGAUGGAAUGAACAGAUAUCAGCUGCAUCACUGAGAACACUCCAGGAAUCCAAGUGGAAUGCCCCUCUGUUGCUUCCAUUCACAAAAGAUGUCCAGACUCUCCAUUCUUAUUUAGAUGAGCAACAACAAAAUAUCCUAAGUAAACUGUCCACAGAGACAUGCCCUCAGGCAUGGAGACAGCUGGCCAAGAUCACUUUGACACAAGUCAUUUUGUUCAACCGACGAAGAGCAGGGGAGGUGUCCAAAAUGCCCCUCUCUGCAUAUUUGUCUCAAAACCCAUCAGACCCUCAAGAAGAUGCAAAUGUUGCACUCUCAGACCUGGAGAAGAAACUCUGUCAACACUUCAGGAGGAUAGAGAUAAGAGGAAAAAGGGGAAGAAAAGUUCCUGUGCUUUUAACGCCAGGAAUGCAGAAAGCAUUGGAUCUGCUUGUCAGCAAACGGCAGGAGUGUGGAGUUCCUCAUGAGAACACAUACUUAUUUGCAAGACCAUCAGCCUUCACCUGCUACCGUGGUUCAGAUUGCCUUCGACACUUUGCCAAGGUCUGUGGUGCAAAAAGUCCUGAAAGCCUCACUUCUACAAAACUACGCAAACAAACAGGAACUUUGUCUCAAGUUCUUAACCUCAGUAACACAGAACUGGAUCAGUUAGCUGAUUUUCUUGGCCAUGAUAUAAGAGUGCAUCGGCAGUUCUACAGACUUCCUGAGGGCACUCUCCAACUUGCUAAAGUUAGCAAAGUUCUCAUGGCUCUGGAAAAGGGACGUCUGGCAGAAUUCAAGGGCAAGACCCUUGAUGACAUCAGCAUUGAUCCUGAGGAGAAUGUUCACCUCGACAGCGACACUGAAGAUGUGUGUGAGUCAGGCUCACAAGAAAGUCAGAUCACAUCCAGUCAGAGAGAAGAGAAUGAGCCCACAAUGUCAGAUGUGAGCUAUAUUGAUGAAGCACCACAGCAAGGCACCACGACCCCUCCAGGACCAUGCCACGGCCAAUCACCAAAAAGAGGUCGCCAGCCUUUCAAGAGAAGAAUGUGGGAGAAAGCGGAAAUCGUUGCUGUGGAAAAGCACAUGAUGUCGUUCAUCACAACAUGUCGAGUUCCUGGGAAAAGCGAUUGCGAUAAGUGCCUUAAAGCAGAAAAAGUAGCCCUUAAAGACAGAAACUGGUUGGCUGUUAAGUUCUAUGUUAAGAAUCGAAUCACAGCUCUCAAGAACAAAGUUUAA